UGCAAAAUACCUACUGUUUAUGUGUGUGUGUAGUUUUGUUUCGUCUUUCGUCCUGGUAUAAAAUCUCUUACAUCAGGAAAGUAGCAAGGCAAAAAAUAUAAUAUUUUUUUAAACAACAUGAGUGAGUUUUGAAUUCAAUUGAACUUCAGACGCUUGCCGGAAACAAUGCGAAUUUUGGUGUUAUCGCUGGUGUUGGUCAACAUCGUGCAGGUAGUUGUUGGUCCUCCAGUCACGGCCAACAAGAAGGGAGAAGCUGACAAAAAGGAUGAAGAACAGAAGGGUGCUGAUUGGGACAUCGGCCUGGAGUACAACCGAUAUUUGCAGGAAGUAGUUCAGGCCUUGGAGAGUGAUCCUGAGUUCAGGGAAAAGCUGGAAAAAGCUGAAGUGGCUGACAUCAGGACGGGCAAAAUCGCGUCUGAACUAGAGUUUGUGAACCACAACAUCCGAUCCAAGUUGGACGAACUCAAGAGAACUGAGAUGGAGAGAUUGCGUCAUUUGGCCAUCAAAGAAUACGAGCUGAAGCAGGCGGAGAAGUACGAAAAUGAAAGGACCCACGGAGAUGGGGAUGAAAACGAAAUUGACCACGGACCAAAAAUAAAGCUGCCUCACCACCUGGACCACAUCAACCCUCACAGCUUUGAAAUCGAGGAUCUGAGGAAACUUAUUGUUCAGACCACAAAGGACCUUGAAGAGGCGGACUUGAAGCGGCGGCAGGAGUUCAAGGAAUAUGAGAUGCAAAAGGAGUAUGAGAAAUCUCAGCAGCUGAAUUUGCUGGACGAAGACCACAGGAAAGAGUUUGAGCACAAAAUCGAAGAGCAGGAGGAAAAGCACAAGAAACACCCCUCUCUGCACCACCCUGGCAGCAAACAACAGCUGGAGCAGGUGUGGGAGGAGCAGGAUCACAUGAACCCUGAGGAUUUUAACCCAAAAACUUUCUUCCACAUGCAUGACCUGGACGGAAACGGUUACUGGGACGCAGACGAGGUGAAGACGCUGUUCCAGAAGGAGCUGGACAAAAUGUACGACCCCAAUGCACCUGAAGAUGACAUGAGGGAAAGACGUGAGGAGAUGGAGCGCAUGAGGGAACACGUUUUCAAUGAGUCUGAUGUUAACAGGGAUCACUUAAUUAGCUACGAAGAGUUUUUGGAACAGACAAAGAAGAAGGAGUUUGAGCAAGACCAGGGCUGGCAGGGCCUGGAUAACCAGAAACUGUACACACACGAGGAGUACCUUGAAUAUGAGCGAAAGAGGCAGGAGGAAGUGCAGAAGCUGAUCGCCCAGGGCUUGUUGCCUCCUCAACCGCACGACAUGCACCUGCCAUAUGGCAUUCAGGUCCCCCCUGAGUAUUUCCACCAUGCCCAGCAGCAGGCAGGAUACCAGCAAGGGCACCAACCUCAGCUGUCGCCCCACCAACAGCCACCGCAAGGUCAUCACCAACCGCCGCACCCUGGUCAGUUCCAACAGGCCCAGGGAUAUCACCCACCGCAGCCUCAAGUUGUGCCGCACAACCAACAGCCGCAGUACCAGCAGCAGCAACAGCCACAAUACCAGCAGCAGCAGCCGCAGUACCAGCAGCAGCAAGUACAUUACCAACAGCAACAACAGCCGCCAGUGCAUCACCAACAGCAACAACAGCCGCCAGUGCAUCACCAACAGCAACAACAGCCGCCAGUGCAUCACCAACAGCAACAACAGCCGCCAGUGCAUCAUCAGCAACAACAGCAGCCUCAAUACCAAGUCAAUAACCCUCCCCCUGUCCAGCAGCAGUUCCAAAACCCGGCCCAGCAGCCCCCUGUUGUCCAGCAUCAAAACAAUCAGGCACCUAUUCAGCAGCACAACAAUCAAAUUCCUGUCCAGCAGCAGCAGCAGCAUGUCAACCAGGCCCAGUACCAAAACAAUGCACAGCCGAUUCCGCCGAAACAACACAACUCUCCGCCUCUGCACAACCAGCAGCAGCCGCCAACUGGCCAGGUGCACAACUCGCCUGUGCAACAUGCUUCCUCGAGCGAGGCGCAGCAAAAUGCCGCUGGGUCUCAGCACAACUAAUUGACGUACGGAUCAGGCUAGAUUUCCCUGCAUGGUACUAAUCUCUUCAACUGGAAAAAAUAUUGAUUGCUUUAUGACGCACAACACCUCAAUGAUGAUUUGACCGUGCAGGAAAUUUCCAAGCCUAAGCGCAAACAGAUCUUUUUUUGUUAAAUUAACCUGAUAUAUUGUGAUCUGAAGUCGGAUUAUUUGAUGAAAAAGAAGGAUCGCCACAAGGCAGGAACUAAGCUCAAAAAUAGCAAUUUAUUUUGCUCAACAAGUACAAAAAUCCAGUUUAUUAUAUUAAGCCUUCUGCUGAUAUAAAGCGUCAUUUAUUUAGAGAACAAAAUUCCUGGACUUAAUUUGUUAAAAUCUGAAAAUCCUGCCUGGGCUUCCUUCAAGUGUGGAUGGGGCUGUUAUAAACUUAAUGCUUGGGUUUUAUUGCCUUCUUUUUGGAGACUGCUAGCGAUGGUCAAUUUAAGUUUAGGUUAUUCAGGGUGAGAGAGCUAGCAAGAAAUUAUUAUCAGUGAUUACAUUUCAUGCCAAAUAAAAAGUAUUUGAUUUUCAAUUAUACAAGCA